GUAUGUCUAGAAAAAUCAAAGACAUCAUUUCUAUAAAAAGGGAUAACACGGAUAAUUUAUCCAUACCCGUACACUGGAUGAUAGUCAGUCAGUCAGUGGGCUGAUCAAGGUCCAGAACAUGCAACUGCUCUGCCUUACACGCUGGGCUGGGCUGGGCUGGCUAUACCUGCUGUAUACUAUACGGUGUGUGUGUGUGUGUGUGUGUGUGUGUGUGUGUGUGUGGUGCUGCGGGCGCUGUUCUUCCGUCCCAGCCAACCUCUCAUCACCAACUGACCGACCGACCGACCGACCCCCUUUCAACUUCCAAGUACUUAUCUACUGACUAAUAAAUAUCUAUACUCUAUCUGCAAAACAGCUAGAUAAAAGUUUAGAUUUGUUAAGUUAUCCUCUAAUUUUACUACGUA